UCUUGGAACAUUAAAAUUAGAACAAAAGUCGUAAUCUUUCCAUUCUUAUAAUCAUCUGGCGGCUGCAUCCUCCGUUGUUGUGUUGUGUUUUAUUCUCAACAUUCACAGCCUCCCUGCGUUGCUUUCCAUCGUUAGAUGGAGCUUUAUCGCCCAUCCUGGAAAGCAACACCUGCGACAACAACAUCAAUAACAAUUCAAGCUCCAAUUUUGCAGUUGCAAUCGGUCGAGAUAAACUCCAAACCCUAAGACACAAAAUUUCCCGAAAUUGUGGUUUCAGCCGCCAUUAUCAUUGCAACCAUGUUUCCAUGGAAUAUUGCGAAGUCAGCGGAGGCGAUGUUCUCCCGCUGGGCGACGAAGAGGCUUUGCAAGUUCUUGCUGAAGAAGAAAUUGGGGCAGUUUAUUUUGGGGGAUAUCGACCUGGACCAGCUGGACGUGCAACUCACUCGAGGAACAAUUCAGCUCAGCGAUCUUGCGCUUAAUGUGGAUUACAUUAAUAAGAAGUUGAGCAAGGCGGCAUCUUUAAUUGUCAAAGAAGGGUCAAUUGGAUACCUAUUGAUUCAACUGCCUUGGAGCGGUAAAGGUUGUCAGGUUGAAUUGAAUGGGCUUGAACUAGUAGUUUCUCCUUCCACCGAUGAUAUUCCAAUGGAUGAUGAAACGUGUGUUGUGGGCAAUAAUGAUAAUGGCCGUCUCCAACAUGGCUCAACUAGUAAUGACCAAGAAUCAUCUUUGAUGGAUGUUCAUGAAGGUGUUAAAACUAUUGCAAAGAUGGUAAAGGUGUUGCUUACAAGCUUCAAUGUGAAAAUAGAAAAUGCAAUUGUUGCUUACGAUCCAUCUUUAGAUGAGGGUGACAAGAAAACAGAUUGCCAUAGGACCCUUGUUCUUCGCAUUUCUGAAAUAGAGUGUGGAACAUGUUUGUCAGAAGAUGCUGAUUCAAAUGCUGAUGUGCUGGGAAUAAGCUGGUUAACAAAUUUUGUGAGGUUUCAAGGAGCUACGUUUGAGCUUCUUAAAAUAGAUGAGGAUGAUACUUGUGCAUCUUCUUCAUGUGAAUUAGGAGCAGGAUGUGGAGAACCUGUUUUGGGGUCAACAAAAGCAGCGUGUCCAGUCAUGACUGGGAAAAAAGAAGGAUUUGGUGGAGAGGUGAAGAUAAGUAUUCCUUGGAAGAGUGGGUGUUUAGACAUUCAAAGAGUGGAUGCAGUUGUUUCUGUUGAUCCUCUAGUGUUAACACUUCAACUUAGCACCAUUAAAUGGCUCUUACGUGCUUGGGAAAGUUAUAAUAAUCUGGAAAAAAAUGGACAAGUUUGUACCAAUCACAACUCAAAGGGAUAUGCGCAGCUAAAAUCUACUACGUUGUGCAGUUCAUCAAAUUCAGUCUCUGUUAGCAGUGCUGAUUAUCACAGUUUUCUGGAUGAUUCCUCUAAUUUGACCUCACUUGAACCCCAUACUGAAUCAUUGGUUCCUGAGUCUCGUCUUAUAUCAAAUUGGGUACCACGGUCUGCUGAUAUAAAUAAUAAAGAUGGUAUUCAAGAACUUGAUUUUGGGGCCAGUGUGGACCAAUUUUUUGAAUGUCUUGAUGGAAUGAGGAACUCCCAAUCAGCUUUAGGGAGCAGUGGAAUGUGGAACUGGACAUGUUCUGUGUUUAGCGCUAUUAGUGCUGCAUCCACCCUUGCUUCUGGAUCCUUGCAUGCUGCUCCUGAAAAGCAACAUGAGGAAACCAAUCUCAGAGCAACUUUUGCUGGAAUAUCUGUUGUAUUGUCUUUUGGUGAUGAAGACCAACAACACUGUUAUGGGCCGAACACUGAUGAUGUUGUGGGGCUGCAUAUUGAUUAUCUUGUUGCAGACUGCAAUGAAAUUCUUCUUUCUCUGCAGGUAUGCCCCCAAGUUACAGUUGUUGAGGGAAUGAUGAAAAAUAUGGAAGUUGCGACUGUUUUGAAUUCUGGAAUUGAUACUAUAGAUUCUGGUUCGCAUGAAUAUAAUAAUGCUAAGAAUCAAAAUGCUCUGGUUCAACAUCUGCAAGCUGAAGUCCUUGGUGCUCUGCCAUCAUCUGUUUCUUGUGAUCUAGGUCCUGAUUCUGAUUCUUUAUUUGGAUUAGUUGCCGCAGACUUUCCACUGGGAAAUAAUGAUAGCUUAUUCAAAGUGACAUUGUUUGAAACUUCUGGUGUCACCAAUUGUAAAUUCACUUCGCAAUCAAGUUCUGAUGGAAAUCUAACUGGGCCUGUAUCAUUUUCUUUGAGCCUGCCACCAUUUAAUUUCUGGGUAAUAUUUUCUGUCAUAAGUGUGUUCACUAACCUACUUAAGAAUGUUGAAAAAUCAGUGGAAGUGCUCAAUAAAGCAAACAAAGACAUAUAUAAGGCCUCAGAUAAGAAGGACUCAGCAACAGAACGUUUGAGUGGUGAUAUAUCAAUUUCUAGUGCAAGAGUAAUACUGUGUUUUGCUUCAGAAAGAGGUGGAGAUCAUGCAUGUUUCUUUUCUAGGGAACAGUUUAUUGCUCUCGAUUUUACUUCACCAUCACCUUUGAAGAAGAGUUUCACUGAAGAUUAUAUUCCAAUGUCAAAUGCUAGCUCAAAGAGAAGAUUUCCUUCAGCAGAUGUAAAAUCUCUGCAAUUGAGUUUCAGUGAUUUAUGCAUUUACUUGAUUACGUCAACAAAUAAUGAUUAUGGUAGAAUCAGUUCCUGCACUUUGGAGAAUGAAAAGUUUUCUGCUAGUUGCCUUCUGUCCGUUGACAGCCGAUCCAGUCAUUACUCUGUUAUUAAUGUGGUUUGGCAGGAGGGUCUGGUGACUGGUCCUUGGGUGACAAAGCAAGCCAGGUUGUUAGCAAAUUCUGAUCAAUUCAGGAGUAGAAAUGAUUUUGUUGGAAAAGGCUAUGAGUUUGCAGCUGCAUCAACAGUCAAAGACCUGGAAGAAUUGAAAUCUCAAACUCAACAAGAGAUGAUUCUAAGUUCAUCAUUUUUCAUUCAUGUUCAUCUACAUCAAGUUAUGGUCAGCCUGAGUGAUUCUCAAUAUAAAGAUGUGCAUUGCCUUGUACAUCAGAUGCUAAAUGAAUUGGAACGUGUGGCUUCUCAGUCGGUCACUGAUGAGAAAGAGUCUUUUCCUUCACAAUCAUCAGUAUCUGUGGAAUGUGAUUCUUUAGGAAUUGUUAUUAGCAGGGAUACAUCUGAGAGUGUUAGGUGCUCAUUGCAAAGUGAACUUCCAGGAUUAUGGCAUCAAUUGAAACUGAAAGUUCAAAACUUUGAUUUGCUGUCUGUUACAAAUACUGGCGGUGUUGGGGGUGCUGAAUUUUUCAGAGUAACUCAUGGUGAGGGCAAGCUGUGGGGUGCCAUAAGCAGUGCUCCUGAUCAUGAGUUCCUUCUAAUUACCUGCGACGACUCAUCAAUGAAACGAGGUGAUGGGGGAGGCUCGAAUCCAUUGUCUUCUAGACAUGCUGGUUCUGAUAUAAUACAUCUGUCAGACCCAGAGAUUUCCCAUGUUUCUACAUCUAUAACUGUCACAUGUAGUACAGUUGUUGCUGUGGGUGGACGCUUGGACUGGUUGAAUGCAAUAUCAUCCUUUUUCAGUUUUCCCUCUUCUGACGCCCAAGAAGCAGGGAGCAAUACCGUGCUAGAUGAAGAUGCCAAAGGAUAUUGCAGGACUGACUUUGUACUCAACUUGAUCGAUAUUGCAUUGAGCUAUGAGCCCUAUGUGAUGAAUUCAGUGGUUCAAAGUGAAGUCAAAGAGUCUGAGUCUGGCUUCUAUUCCAAUCAGGAUACUGGUAAACAAUAUGCUUCUUGUCUAUUAGCUGCAUCCUUGUUGACGCUGUCAACUACAGCUUUGGCCGAUUCAGUUGAGAAUUCUUAUCUAAUCACAGUUCAAGACCUGGGGCUUCAUGUGGCGUCAGGGACAAAUACUCCUUGUAGCACUUAUAGCUUUGAGCGUCUUCAAAAGGUUGGUUUCAUUAAAGUCGCUCGUGAAGCAUUUAUGGAGGCUAAUUUUAAAACCAACUGUACUAGUGGCACUUUCUGGGUGGUGGAAUUGUCUAAUUCUCACAUCUAUGUGGAUACUUGCCAUGAUACAACUGCUAGCUUGAUUCGUUUGGGUACUCAACUUCAACAAUUAUUUGCCCCUGAUGUGGAGGAAUCCAUUGUGCAUUUGCAAAAUAGGUGGGAAAAUGUUCAACAGGCCAAGCUGAGAAAUGACUUUAAUUAUGAAACUAAUAACCCCACCUUUGAUGCCCUGGCUACAACUUCUCAGCAAUGCCCUUCCAAAUCAUUUUUGGAGGAUGGAUCUAGAAUGGCGGGCUUAAUGGAUGAGAUUUGUGAUGAUGCAUUUCAAGUGCAUGACUAUAAUACAUGGCGGCCUCCUUCUUCUGGAGCAGGAAUUCACAUGCCGCUUGAUGGUAUCUUUAUUGAUGAUAUGAGUAAGAGGCGUAUGGAGGAGCCUGAGGUUCUCUCUCAUAAAGGAUCUUUGUCUGAGUCAAUGCCUGUAAUGGGAGCAGAAGGUAAUGAUGCUUUGUUUUUGGAGGAGGGUUUGUGUCCAGAGAUUAUAGAAGAAUAUUGUCUCUCUGACUUAUUAAUAUCCAUGGGCGUACAUUCUGAGGGAGUACAUAGAUACAAGCAGAGCAAUGUGGAAGGUAGAGAGAUUGAAAGAGGAAGUGGUGGUUGGUACCAGGGCAACUCUCUGAAAGUUGUAGAAAACCACAUUUCAGGGAAAGAUGAACAAACUGAGCUAAAACAUUCCGCAGUUGGGAAACUCCCACCUAAUGAUGAUUCCUUGCAAAAUAAGGCCUGCGGACGUGUGAUUCUGAAGAAAAUUGAUCUAAGGUGGAGAAUAUAUGGUGGUUCUGACUGGCCUAUGGAGAAUGAACAGUAUUCUGGGAGGGAUACAACCGUCUGCUUGGAAUUUGCAUUGUCCGGAAUGAAAUUUCAGUAUGAUAUAUUUCCAGUUGGUGGAAUAACUAUAUCCAAGAUGUCCGUGUCUGUUCAGGAUUUUAAUCUGUAUGACGGAAGCAGAGAUGCACCAUGGAAAUUGGUGCUAGGAUAUUAUCAUUCAAAAGGCCACCCUCGAGAAUCUUCCUCAAAAGCACUUAGAUUGGACUUGGAGGCAGUCAGACCAGACCCCCUAACUCCACUUGAGGAGUAUAGGUUACAUCUUGCCUUCCUUCCUAUAAAAUUGCAUCUACAUCAAUCCCAGCUUGACUUUCUUAUUGAGUUUUUUGGGAGUAAAAGCUCAUCAUCUGAUCAGUCUCCUGAUCAUCCUCAAAAUGUGGAGGGUUCAAUAUUUUUGCCAGAAAGGAGGAAAAAUCUUGAGGCAUUGCUUCCUUACUUCCAGAACAUUGACAUACGGCCUAUCCUUUUUCGGGUGGACUACAGUCCCCAUCAUGUAGAUCUAGCUGCACUGAGACGUGGAAAGUAUGUGGAACUCGUAAAUCUUGUUCCCUGGAAGGGUGUUGAGCUAAAUCUGAAGCAUGUUCAUGCAGCUGGCAUCUAUGGUUGGGGCAGUGUUUGUGAAACAAUUAUUGGAGAAUGGUUGGAAGAUAUAUCUCAUAAUCAGAUUCAUAAAAUACUGCGGCGCCUUCCUGCUGUACGGUCAUUAUUUGCAAUAGGUGAUGGUGCUGCUAAGCUGGUGUCAUCCCCACUAGAGAACUACAGGAAGGAUCGGAGGGUGCUUAAGGGUAUGCAGAGAGGUACAAUUGCAUUUCUUAGAAGCAUUUCUCUUGAAGCUGUUGGACUUGGAGUACAUUUAGCUGCCGGAGCCCAUGACAUUCUGCUCCAAGCAGAAUAUAUUCUUGGAAGCGUACCUGCUUCUGUAACAUCUCCGUUAACAGAUAAACUACAUGUUCGAUCAAAUCAGCCUCAAGAUGCCCACCAUGGUAUCAAACAGGCUUAUGAGAGCCUUAGUGAUGGCCUGGGAAAAUCUGCUGCUGUGCUAGUCCAGAGGCCCCUGAAAAAAUAUCAACGUGGCUCAGGUGCGGGGCCUGCACUGGCAGCUGCUUUUCGAGCUGUUCCUGCAGCUGCCAUAGCUCCUGCUUCUGCUUGUGCAAGUGCUGUCCAUUGUGCUCUUCUUGGCAUCAGAAAUAGUCUUGAUCCUGAACGUAAAAAGGAGUCCAUGGAGAAAUAUUGUCCAACACAACCCUGGGAAGAAGGCUAAUUAGAGAAUAUCAUGUCAGGAUUGACUGAUUGAUACUUUUGCUUCACUGGCCGACUGUGAGGAGAUCCAAAGGGCUCUCCAUGAAGUGAUGGGUCAUGUAUCAUAUGUACAGCAGCGGGACCAUUAAGCGCAUUCUUUUGUCAGAGGAAUUGUAUAUGCUGUAAAUAAUGGAGUAUGGAGAGUGCUUUUAUUCGCACUGAAUGGGGAUAUCUUCUUGGUUAUAGGGCUUCCGUUUGCAAUUUAGCCUAACUAGUUGUGUACAUAGUAUCAUUCAUUUAAUGUUAAGCUAUCAUUGUAUAUUGCCGUUAUUUUUUAGCUGUAAAUAAUACACGCUUAUUAAUAUGCUUCCAAUUAUUCAAUUUUAGAACAGUGAUUGAGCAUUUGGACUACUGAUAAUCAUUUUUUCCUUG